CCAGGGGCGCCCCUGCCAACUAGGUAGGGGAGGGGGCGGGCGGUGUCCGGGCUCCUCCCUCCUCUGCCCCCGGCUGCCGGGCUCUUAACCCGCGCGCGGGGGCGCCCAGGCCACUGGGCUCCGCAGAGCCAGCGAGCGGUCAGCGCGGAGCCGGAGCCCGAGCGGCGCGCGUCCUGUCCAGCGGCCGACGCCAGCACGCCGACAUGGCCCCAGCAGCGGCGUCGGGGGGCAGCUCCCUGCCCAGCGGCUUCGCGGUCUUCACCACCUUCCCGGACCUGCUCUUCAUCUUAGAGUUUACCCACGAGAAUGAAGAAAACAGUCUGCGGGAGUUGAGUGGAAAGCCGAAUUCGAAACACGGCGACGGGUCAGGGUUCAUUUGUUGCGCGCUGGUUACCAAAGCCGCGCUCUGGAACCUGCUUUCCAGGUGGCCCGCAGAGCAGGUCUUCGGAGGCCUGGUAUGGAUCCUGAUUGCCUCCUCCCUGGUGCCCAUCCCCCUGAUCCAGGGCUGGGUGAUGUUCGUGUCCGUGUUCUGCUUUGUGGCCACCACUGCUCUGCUCGUCCUCUACAUGACUGGCGCCCACAGUGGGGAUACUUCCUGGGUCACCCUGGAUGCAGCCUACCACUCUGUCGCCUCCCUGUUUUACCUCAGCGCCUCAGUCCUGGAAGCCUUAGCCACCAUCUUUAUGCGUAAUGGAUUCACCUAUAAACAUUACCACGAAAACAUCUCGGCUGUGGUGUUUUCAUACGUAGCCACUCUGCUGUACGUGACCCACGCGGUGUUUUCUUUAAUCAGAUGGAAGUCUUCGUAAAGCAGCAGCAGAACUUUAGCUGAAAACCCAGACGGUGUUAACUGAUCGGCCAGCCUUCCAGCGUAACUUUUUAGAAUGCAGGAAUGCUCUCCAUGGUGGGGAAAAAAAAGACAAAAAAAAAAAAAAAGCAGUGGUCUGUUUCUUGUGAUGUUAUGUUUACCCUCCCACAUUCCUCACGUCAGGGGUUGGGGCUUGCUGUGUUUAACCUCCAAGCAUUGAGCUGUCUUUCUAGGGUCAUUUCCCAUUUGUGAAAGGGGAUGUGGGCAUAGAAAGUGGGGAUUAUGGCCUGAGAGACCACAAAACGAGGAUCCUCUGCUGGUCCCUGGACCUGAUCUUGAGAACUGUCUGUGGGAAUUGUCCACCAGCCUUUCUGAGCCGCCCGUCUCGUGGCAUAUUUUAAGUCUUCAUGGGUGUUCUGCAUGACAAAGGGACUAAAACUCACCCAACACAUAUUUGCAGAUGUCCACCAUGGCAGACUAUAAACCUUUGAAAUACUUACUUUAUAAAAUGGCUUCAUGCUCUACACAUUUAUGGAGUGUUUUUGGGGGUUUUGUUUUUAAUUCCCCGUAUCGGAAUCGACUCGACAGCAGUGGGUUUGGUUUUCUGUUUUAUCAGGAACACUAACCAUCACUCGGCUUUCUGUCUGAGAAAUUCUCUGGCUUAAGAGACAGCAU